CACAGUACACAACAAUCAACAAUAGCAAUUAGCAUCAAAAAAUAAAAUUAAUAAAAAUUAAUAUUGAUAUUUUCUUAAUCUCACUCUCAAAUUAAAAUCAUACUUUUUAAAAUAACAAACUAUGAGUAUGAAAAUAAAUGUGUGUCGUGUGUGCCUGGAACCUCACCAAAAUGAUUGUGUAUCUCUCUCUGAGAAAUACCAAGAUUUCAUCCUCUACGAAUUCAUCAACACAAUAACCAAUCUCAAAAUCAGGCUGAGCGACGGCCUUCCGGAUAAGAUAUGUAAAUCUUGCCAUUCCCAGCUGAUAUCGUCGAUAGAUUUCAAAGAAAAAUGUGAAGCGUCUGACGUUAUAUUGCGAUCUAAUCCUGUUAAAGUGGAAAUUACAUGCUCCCCAGUAAAAAGAGAGGAUGCAGGUGAUACCAUCAAAAUAGAAUACGAUGACGUCUAUUGCGACAAUACUCUCGAUUAUCCGCUGGAUUCAGAGUCUGAGCAUGAUGUUAAAGAAGAAGAAAACAAUGAAAAGUGUGUUGUUUAUCCCAUACAACAAUCUGAAGAGGAACCAGAUAUUAAGACAAAGAAUGAAUUGCGACCGAGUCGAGCUAUAGACCUGAAGCUGAUAUGUGAUGACUGCGGCGGUUCAUUCAAAUCCAAAUGCAAGUUGAAAGUUCAUUGGAAAAAGACCCAUAUGUAUGAUGCUUUAGUAUGCCCAUACUGCAAACGAACAUUCAAGAGCUAUAGAGCAUUCCACGUCCACAAAAAGAAGAAAACCCAGUCCUGUAAGACUGCUUCUAAUGAAAAUGUAACCGUAGAGGGAGUGGGAAGAGGGAGAAUAUUCUGUUGUAAGCAGUGUAACUACAGGAGUAAAAGAGCCAAAGAUAUGUCUUCACACAUCGUCAUCCACACCGGGGACAGGCCAUUUAAAUGCGACAUAUGUUCAAAAACGUACACCCAGCUUAGUUCUCUCCAAGGCCACAGAGAAAUUGCUCACAAGCUGUACAUCCUUCAAAUGACAUGCCACAUUUGUGGCAAGUUUGUGAAAGGUCGUCGGCGAGUGAGUAGACAUGUACGGAGCCACUCCCAAGUCGAUUGCCCAGUGUGUCACAAAACAGUAACCAAAUUGUCAAUUUUACAACACAUGAAAAGGCAUAGUGGUAUCAAAGGUUACACAUGUGAAAAGUGCGCAUCCACAUUUUAUACUAUGGCCGAGCUGUGCAAUCAUAAGCGUUGGAAGCAUAGCAAGACAGCGUUUAAAUGCGAUCAGUGCGACUUCACUACUAACAGAGAGCAAGCUAUGAAAAGGCACAGGGUUAGACAUUCUGAUCAAAAUAUCCCCUGCACCAUUUGUGGAAGAUUUUUCCUUUCGAAUGAGAGGCUGGUGUUGCAUCAAAAGGUGCAUUUCACUGAGAAGAAACAUGGCUGUUCACAUUGUGAAUCAAGGUUCUUUAAGAGGGAUUCUUUAAGGAGGCACUUGAAGGCAAAGCACUCUGUAAAACUCCCAGAUGUAAAGACAGCUACUCUUAUUGUUAAAACUGAGACAAAUGGUCUGUUGCAAGCUGAAGUGACUGAAUGAUUGCUUAAACUAAAGUGAUAUUUAACAUAUUAAUUAACUUAAACAAAUAAGAUCAUAGUUUUUUUCUCCCAUGUAAAAAUACAUUAUAAGGCAACUAGAAAAUGGAUUCUGACCUUAAACUUGUGCUGUGUGAAUUUCAUCUAUUUAUUUGGUGGUACAAAGUGAAGCCCACCAGUGUGGGUAUCUCUGUUACCGCACGCUUAGUUCGUCAGUCAAUUGUUCGUUUUCUGUGCAAUCGAGAGAACAGCAUAGAAAUUUCCAUUGCCAUACCUUAUUACCCAAACCCAACCAAUUUUAUUAUAAUUUGUAUUUGACCAAUUUGUAUUGAAUUUCAUUAUUUGAAAGCCUUAGUCAAAAGGGACUUAAAAAGGGGUUAUUUUAUGCUUUAGACAUGGCAAUGGGUGUAGUAAUGUAAAAAAUAUUUU